AUGCGAAUGACAAAAUCCGGCACACCAGCCUCGUUUCCGGAUCCUAAGCAGCUUGACACUCUACCCUUCCUCGAUGCGGUCGUCACCGAAACCCUCCGUCUCCAUGCCCCUCUCCCCGGGGCUCAGCCCCGGCAAACUCCCGAUUCCGGCUGCCGCAUCGGGCAGUACGCCUUGCCGGGUGGGGUCAGGGUUGCUGCAAUGCCAUACAUGCUGCAUCGGAACGAAACGAUCUUCCCGGAGCCGGAGAAGUGGGACCCCGAACGGUGGUUAGCUCCGGUUAGAGGGCCGGAUGAUGAAGAACAGAGGAGACAGAUGAACAGGCAUUUCUGGGCAUUUAGUUCGGGCGGAAGGAUGUGCAUCGGAAGCAACUUCGCGUUACAUGAAAUUAAGUUAACCAUUACUGCUAUCUACACCAAUUUUAAAAGCUACAUUGUAGACGACACCGGCAUGGAGAAUCAGACCGAUGGGUAUGGCGGCCGCCCAGAGAAGGAGCAGCUUAUUCUGCGGUUUGAGAAACUUGUCGAUUAG